AUGAGUCACAGGGCCCAACCGCCAGUUUUCACCCCCGUUAAGUCUCCUCCUCCUGCCUACAACGCGAAACCUACUGGUGGAGGCCCAACUCCUGAAGAACAGUGCACGAUAGAGCACAUUCGAUCAUUUCUGGGAUCAUCUGAUUUUGAUGAGGACCUCUGCUUAAAAGCCGUACGGCACCCGAGAUUGAGAAGUCAGAAAACCAACAAUGAGGAAGAGUAUUUGCAAGAAGUUGUGGGCAUCUAUAUGGAUGAGCUAAACCACGCAUCCGAAAAGGAGCAGCAGCGGUCUCAGACUCCUCGUCCGGUAAGUUCA